AUGGGUGCCGAAUCUGACACUGCGAAGCCACAUUCGCAUCACGCAAUUGCCAAAGACGUACCAGAGGACAAGAAGAGCGAUCAAGUCGCCAAGCAAGAUGAAUUGAGGAACAAGGCUGCCCCUGGUAUCUCUUACUUUACACCCGAGCAAGACCCCCCUGCUGGAACUGCAUUGGGCAUGCUCGAUGGCAGCUCCAAGAUCCCCAAGCUCUUCCAGCCCCUCAAGCUUCGCGGUCUCGAGAUCCAGAACCGGAUCGCCCUUUCUCCUCUCUGCCAGUAUUCUGCUGAAGAUGGCCAUCACACCAAUUGGCAUCUGACACACUUGGGUGGCAUCAUUCAGCGUGGCCCCGGGCUGAGCUUUGUAGAGGCAACUGCUGUCGUUCCAGAGGGCCGUAUCACGCCCGAGGACAGUGGUCUAUGGAAGGACUCGCAAAUGGAACCUCUCCGCAAAAUUGUCGAGUUUGCCCACUCCCAAGGUCAGAAAAUCGGUAUCCAACUCGGUCAUGCGGGACGCAAGGCUAGCACAGUGGCGCCAUGGCUGAGCAAGGGCGAUAUUGCUACCAAGGAGAUGAACGGCUGGCCGGAUAAUGUCUAUGGUCCAUCAGCCAUUGCGUUCAACGACAAGCACUGCACUCCCAAGGAGAUGACCAAACAGGAUAUCGAAACAUUCAAGCAGGCUUUCGUUGACGCUGUCAAGCGCGCGGUCAAGAUCGGCUUCGAUACCAUUGAGAUUCACAAUGCGCACGGCUACCUGCUGCACUCUUUCCUUUCUCCCGCAUCCAACCAGCGUACCGACGAAUACGGUGGCUCGUUCGAGAACCGCACCCGCCUGACCCUUGAGCUAGUAGACCUCACUCGCAAGACCAUCCCGGAGAGCAUGCCGCUUGUACUCCGCAUCAGCGCGACCGAUUGGCUUGACGAAGCCGGUAUCGAAGGCUGGACUGUUGACCAGACCGUCCGCCUUGCCGAGAUACUCGCCGAAAGAGGUGUUGACCUGCUCGACGUCUCAUCUGGUGGGCUCCACGAGAAGCAGCACAUCCAUGGUGGACCCGGAUACCAAGAGCCGUUCGCCAAGGCUGUCAAAGACAAGGUUGGCGACAAGAUGGCUGUUGGAACUGUCGGUAGCAUCACCGACGGCAAGCAGGCAAACGGCUACCUUGAGAACGACAACCUCGACGUUGCAUUCAUUGGCCGCAUGUUCCAAAAGAACCCUGGCUUCGUGUGGCAGUGUGCAGACGACCUUGGUGUAGAGGUGCGCUGGGCGAAUCAGAUUCGAUGGGGCUUUGGCGGACGUGGCAAGAAGUAA